AUGCCAACCCUCACAGAGAAGGCUCGGGUUGCUGAGCCCCCCAAAGCUGCACUGGCUCUUGCUCUGGCGAUCGUGAAGCAUAAGCCAGUAGGCACGACGGUCAAGGAUUACAUCUAUGAAAUCCGGAAAUCUAUCAGAGAGGUGGAUGACAGCAAGCCUCUUCUGACAAACUACUUCUUUGACAGUGUCCACCACUGGCAGAAUGCCUACCAGAAGUCCGAGGCCGAACAGAUCAAGCUGCACAACAUCAUCUUUGAGUUGAAGCAGAAGAAUGAGUCCCUCCUCGCCACAAUCGAGGCGAAUACUCCCCCACCAAAGCGGAAAGCUUUCGGUGAGGUUCAGAAUGAGCCUGAAGCAGGCAGGAAGCGGGCGAAGACCAGCGGUCGCCGAACCCAGUCACAGAUUGAUGCUGCAAAUCAAGAGCAGGAUGAAACUCGUGACCAGGUAACCGAAAAGGGCAUCUCUUUCUUGAGACAUAUCUGGAUGCUUCAGCGAACCCUGCAGGCAAAGCGUCGCAGGGCCAAGGUACUCGCCAUGGAUGCAGUCAAUCUGUGCAAAGAGGCCGAGAGGGGCCUUUUGGACGCGGUCCGUUUGGAAAUCAAACCGGCUCCACGAAAGAGCCUUCGAGCCCAGAAAAUCAAGGAGCCCGAUUUCCUCGCCGUCGUGAAUGCGGUUGAGCUUGCUUUCCAACUGGUCCACCAAGCCCUCCGCAAGAUCCCCGAAGGGGCGGACAAUCGUCAAUCCCAACCCCGGGUCAUCUACUACAUGGUGUGUCUCUUCCAGUCCAUCAUGACUGGUCUCACCCAAUAUUGCACCGCGGUGUCACAAGGAAAUGAUACAGGAACAGAGAGCACAGGCACCACCGGAGCCAGGCAGCCGCCGAAGAAAAUAGGCGGCGCGGCCAGAGGUUCGAUGAGUGGCAAGCCUGCCAGCGCACAGGUGCUAGUUGAGUUACUCUGCAAAAUGGCCCUCUCACUGGACACGAAUCAGACCUGUGACCAGAAAGUGAUGGAAGGAUUCAUGCAUGUGAUUCUUGACCGGCUGGGAAAGAUGCUCGCUCUCUUCACCUUCGAUGGCAUGCAGCUACCGACCAAUCUUACCCUCAAUCUCCGACCCCCAGAAGGUCUCGCGGCAAUGAGAGUGGAUGGUAUUUCGCGACAGACCGGUCAACUGGAGGCAAAGCAACUCGUUUUCUUCCUCGAGAAAGUGUUGAAGAACGAAUCUCUUUUCCCUCCUGCGAGCACAACUCCUGGUGGCCAAGCUCCUUUCAAUCUCAAGCUCCAGGAGGCGAUGAAGAAGACCUUGCUUCAGGCCAUAUUCGGCAAGGAGGAUCCUCUGUUCCUUGGGGGCUUGGAGAGGCCUACGACUCCGGCUCCCACUGAUUAUCUCGGACCUCCGAAUCAACGGCUGGAAUUUACCGAAUGGUUUGCAGGGGAGCUGUGGCGCCUGGUUGGCUGGGAUAUACUAGAGCCCACCAGCACCUCUCGUCCAUGA